AUGCAAAAUGCCGUCAUCCUCAAACUGAAGCUGGAGAAACACAAGGGCUCCUUUGCGGAGGUGAAGGUGUACUCCCUUGGCUUGUUUGCAGUGGUUUCCUGUCUCAAACAGGAACAUUUUACUGAUCCUAGGCAAGGUGUGUCAUACAAACAUCCUGUGGACCCUCGUAUCUGCUUCAAAUACCUCCCAGGGCUCUUCACUGCCCCUGUAAUGGUACAGUACACGAUCCAGGCGCUCGACGCCGCUCUCCUGGCUGCGGUUAAGUCAAAAAGUGAAGCCUACGCCGGGAUGGUGUCCACCAGUCCACUCCUCUCCCUUACAUAUCCAUCUUCUCAAACCCUACAAAGACCUCUCACAGUCACUCUUCCCUGUCCGCCAAAUCCUUGCAAGAGGAAGGACACACGGGGACAAGCGGAAGAAAAGGAACUCCACCUUCCUCGACUUGCCGCCACUCCUCCAGCAUGGGAUUGGAUUUCUUCCCACCGGAGGAAGAUGCUGCAGAGCACAGAGUCAGCCCUGUUGGAAGACAACCCAGUUGAGCUUCUCAGCAUACUGGGGUCUAGGGACCAACAGUGGAGCAUUCCGGAUGAGGUCCUGAUCCGAAACCUGCAGAAUGGCCUGGUGUCUUUUGAACUGACAGAGAGUUUUGACAGACUCCUCAUCGUUCGCCUUUUCUCUCCGCUGCAACCUUGCCAUCUGACCUCCCUGGCAGAGGAGCUGGUAGAGUCAUCCCGCCACCACCUGGUCACCGUUGUCCUUUGGCAGCACCAGGAUGAGCCACGCGCCGUCCUGGUGGCCGCCUUGCCCAGCAGGGAGCUCGGUUGGGAACUCUCCCAACUGGAGGCGGAGGGCAACUGUGGUCCCCUGGAGACUUUGCCAGAGAUCUGCAUGCGGGAGGGGGACCAGCUUCUCCUCCAUCUUUGCGGAAACGUCUCCUACGCAGACAAGCGGAUCACUUUCCACCGCCAGCGCAAGAAUGAGCUUCUGUUGCAUCUGACAGAAGUGGACCCCUUUGGGAACUACAGCUCCCCUCACUACAAAGGUGCCGUUGUCUUCUACAAGGUCACCAGAGGUCAGGUGGAGUGGCAAGGGGACACGCUGGUCCAGAUGGAAGUGAAACACCUCGGGAAGCCUGUGUGUACACUGCCCCUGACUUUACCAAAGGUAUCCGCCGCCCAGCUGGUGAAGCUGCGGUCCGGCGACAGUCUGCCCGCCCGGGCCUUCACCAUCUUGACCAUGUGGAGGAGAGAGCUGCCCACUUCCCGGCUCCGGUCCAAGGUCGCCCAGUUGGCACACUGCUUGGCCAAGAUUGGCCGGCCGGAUCUCACCAGAGAACUGCUGCUACGUCAGGCGCAAGAACCCCUGCCAUUGAAAUAAAGACGUCUAUGGUGCACAUUAUAUGCUAGCAUCAAGCAAGUAGACUUCCGUUAGACUGAAUAAUAUAGUUUGUUUGAACAGUUGGGUCUCCAAAUGGAUGUAUAACUCUUUUUUU